AUGGACGAGAUCUUCGCCUCAGGGUGUCCGGCCCUGACGGGAUACUUCGCGAUAAACGGUGCACCGAUUAUCGGGGCCCAACCGAUGAUCAACACGUCCUACCUCUCGCAACUGACAUGGGCCUUUCCAAUUCCACGUUACAAGCCACCCCCGAGGUACGAGAAGCCCCCGUAUUCGUACAUCGCGCUGAUAGCGAUGGCGAUAAACUCGUCGCCGAAACAGCGACUCACUUUGUCGGGGAUAUACAGGUUCAUUAUGGAAAGGUUUCCUUAUUAUCGAGACAACCGGCAAGGCUGGCAGAACAGCAUCAGACACAACCUUAGCCUGAACGAUUGCUUCGUGAAGAUACCUCGCGACAAGGCGAACGUCGUCGAGGGUGAACACUGCGGCGGCAAAGGUAGCUACUGGGCACUAGACCCUUCCGCGAGCGAAAUGUUCGAACAUGGGAAUUACAGGCGAAGAAGGACCCGGAGGCAAAGGAAUUUCUCGCAGCAUAAACAUCAGGCAAAUUCUGCUUCUGGCAUGCCGAUGGGUCCCGACUUUCUGGUACCAACGUCGAGUAGCCGUCUUCAAGAACCUCUCGCGACAGAACAGAACUUGGCAUCAGCAUUUGAUCAAGAUGCAAUAAGAAGAGACGAAUCAAAGUAUACCAGCCCUCCGGAACGGUGUAUCAAAUCAACGAUGUUCACGAUUGACAACAUAUUACGAAAGUCACCGUCACCUAGUGUCCCCAAGGUAACAUCGGUGACAAAUGAAUUCAUAAAUGAAAUAAAAACGGACGAUAAAAAAUUUUCUUUGCGAUAG